AUGUCUUCAAUACUCCUUGUGUCAGAUGUGACUCCGGUGUCCGAUGUGAAUUCGGUGUCAGAUGUGACUCAGGUGUCACAUGUGACUCAGGUGUCAGAUGUGACUAAGGUGUCAGAUGUGACUCCGGUGUCCGAUGUGAAUUCGGUGUCAGAUGUGACUCAGGUGUCACGUGUGACUCAGGUGUCAGAUGUGACUAAGGUUUCAGAUGUGACUUCGGUGUCGGAUGUGAAUCCGGUGUCAGAUGUGACUCAGGUGUCACAUGUGACUAAGGUGUCAGAUGUGACUAUGGUGUAUUUAACACACAAUUAUAAUUAUUGGACUAAAUAUGGCGUUUGUGGACCAAAACCAUAUCCAAUUGUUGGCAACAUUUAUCAAUUACUUCGUGUGCCACACAUUAUUCAUCAACAAUUGUGGCACAAAAAAUAUGGAAAAAUCUAUGGAAUAUAUAUAUCAAAUGAUCCAAUUUUACGUAUAAGUGAUCCACAAUUGAUAAAAACAAUGUUUGUUAAAGAUUUUACUAUAUUUGUUGACCGAAAACUUUACGAUCCGAGCGAUCCGAUAGUAUCGAAGAGUUUAGCCGAAGCCACGGGUGAUCAGUGGCGUCGUAUUCGGUCAAUAGUUUCGCCGACAUUUUCAUCGGCCAAAAUGAAACUUAUGUAUCCAAUUAUCGGCGAUUGUUGUACUGAUUUUGUUAGACAUCUGGAAACAGUAAUUAAGGGUAAUAUGAAUACCAAACCGACGGAUAUUAUAAAUGCCAAAAAAGAGUUCGGUUCGCUGGCUAUGGAUAUCAUUGCACGGACAGCGUUUGGUAUUAAAACUAAUCCCUAUAGUACUUCUACUACUACUACUACUGGUGCCGCCGCAACCGACAGUCCAUUUGUGAAAAAUGCGCGCAUGAUUUUUGAUGCCAAUUUGGCACGUGUUUUGAUAAACGUGUUUAUGCCCGGUUGGGCCUACAAACUGUUUUUGGGUUCACUCGAAACAAGAAUCAAAAACUUUUUUUUCACAACAAUUCGCAAUGUUUUGGCUGAACGACGAAAAUCCAAUGUCAGACACAAUGAUUUCGUUCAGUUGCUUAUGGAUGCCGACAGUGGUUUUGGUGAUGCCAUGGAUUAUAUGGAUAGCUCACAGUUACAAGGUUCAGAGGAACAGGAGGCUAGUCGUCGGACACUCAAUUUGAAAGUAGCCAACAAAAAGCUCAGUGAGGAUGAGAUUGUGGCGCAGGGAUUGGUGUUUAUGGUGGCGGCCUAUGAAACCACAUCGACUGCACUAACGUUUACUGUCUACGAGCUGGCUCUCAAUCCGCGCGCACAACAAAAACUUUUUGAUGAAAUCACAGAAUCGCUUAACGCCAGCACCAGUACUACUCAUAUGGAUGACGAUAGGGAAAGGGAUGAUAACACACAACAACAACAACAACUCAAUUAUGAAACAUGUCUGCAAUUGCCUUAUUUGGACGCCUGUAUAUCUGAAUCACUGAGACUACACUCACCAAAUCAGGUACUUCAGAGAAUUGCCGCCACCGACUACACCAUACCGGGCACUGGCAUUCAAUUAGCAAAAGGUCAACAAAUUGAGAUACCGGUUUCGGCCAUUCAUUGUAAUGAAGAGUACUACAGGCACGCCAAUACCUAUCUACCGGAGCGUUUUAUGCCUGGUAAUCGUCACCUGAUUAAGCCAUACACAUAUAUGCCGUUUGGUGUCGGUCCACGUAAUUGUAUAGCCAUGCGGUUUGCAUUGCUUGAAGUUAAGACAUGUUUAGCUCAGUUGGUGACUAAAUACAAAUUUAUGCCGACAUCACAAACCGAUAUUCCGCUCAAAUAUGACAAAACAUUAACACUAGUGUCACCCAAACGUGUUAUUAUUAGACUUGAAAGGCGGUCAGCAAUUUGA